AUGAUGUACCAUAAGCUUGCAUUUUGUAGUGUCUAUCUCCAUCUAAUUCUGCUGGGUGCUCGUGGAAGUUCUGCCCAGGAAAUGGCUGGAGAAACUCUGAAAAUGCAUAUAGAUCAUGAUCGUUUCGAUAAUCAGAAGAUGGAUGUUUUACGGCUCCACAGCAUGGAUAAGAAAGAAAAUGAUGCUCAUGAAGAGAUGCAUGCACACCAUAUUCAUGCUCAUUCAUCAUCACACAUGGAUCAUAUGGAUCCUUCAGUAAUUGUGUUCUUCCAGUUGGAUGAUUUAAAACAAGGAAAUUCAAUGCCAAUUCAUUUCCCAAGAAGAAAACCUAACUCCUCUCAUUUACUCUCCAAACAAGAAGCUGAUUCAAUUCCUUUUGCAUCACAAAAACUCCCAAAUCUUCUUGAAUUGUUCUCUUUUUCUCAAGAUUCACCACAAGCCCAAGCAAUGGAAAACACUCUAAGAGAAUGUGAAACAGAACCCAUUAAAGGAGAAACCAAAUUCUGUGCUACAUCCUUAGAAUCAAUGCUUGAUUUUAUACAGAAAAUCUUAGGAAUGGAAUCUCAAAUCAAAGUUUUAUCGACAACCCACCUCACAAAUUCCAAAACCCUUUUACAGAAAUAUACCAUAAUAAAAAUCCAAGAAAUUUCAGCCCCUAAAUCAGUUGCAUGCCAUACAAUGCCAUACCCAUACACAAUAUUCUACUGCCAUUAUCAAGAAAGUAGAAGCAGGGUUUUUAGGGUUUCUUUGGAUGGUGAAUAUGGGGAUAAAAGUGAAGCUAUUUCUGUAUGUCAUUUGGAUACUUCUCAGUGGAGUGAGAAUCAUGUGGCUUUUAGGGUUCUUGGUACCAAACCAGGGUCCUCCCCAGUGUGCCACUUCUUUCCUGCAGAUAAUUUUGUGUGGGUUCCAUCUACUACUACUACAAAUGCCAAAGCUUCUAUAUGA